AUGGCCACUGAUAACAUUUUAUUCCAAGAUAUUUUCGACAUUAAGGAUCUUGAUCCCCAAGGAAAGCGAUUUGACAGAGUCUCUCGUCUCAUCGGUCGUUCAGAGAAUUACGAAAUGGAUUUAACCUUGGAUUUCAAUGCAGAAAUUUACCCUAUGCGAGUUGGAGAAAAGUUCUCUCUUGUGUUGGCUUCCUCUCUUUCACUCGAGGCAAGCGCAAGUGCAGGUGGUGUCGAAAAGAAGGAGAGCUGGCGUGAGCGUGCUCCUGGAGAGCGUGAUUUGAGCGACGAAUACGAAUAUGUCAUGUUCGGUAAAGUUUACAGAUACGAGGAUUCCAACAAGGGUGCAGCAGCAGGCCAACAAGUAUCUGUGUAUGUCUCUUACGGUGGUCUUUUGAUGUGUUUGGAGGGUGAUUAUAGACAUCUGCAAAACUUAACUGUCGGCGAAAACAUUUACUUGUUGAUAAGAAAAUAG